AUGACUUUUGGACAGGACUUUGAGAGCAAGUUCAACGAGAACAUGCAAGACGACAGCCAGCCUGGUCCGGCCCCUUCUGAGGCUGCCGACCGCAAGGCCGACAAGAAGAAGAGCUGCUACUUUCCUCAGCCAGAGCAUGAGGACUUCGAGAUGCAUCAGAAGAAGGACAACCCGCCACGUUUCUCAACCAUCUUCGCGCCGGUCGCUCCUCCACCACCGCCUCCACCACAGCCUCCCCGAGAGUAUGUGCAGGAGUACUAUCCGCGACCGGAGAAGAAGUCGGGCGUCUUCAUCCCGAUGCCACUCUUCAUCGUGUUUGCCGUGAUCUUGUUCUUCGAGAGCACUAUCCUGUUUGCAUACACUGUCAUCGGCCUCUACAACAACGCCCCUUCUCGCCUCUUCCCAUGGGCUGGACAAGGAACUGCUGCUGCGGUCUGCGACAGUGGAGAACAUCAGCCGGCUAUCAACAUCGCGCCCAACUUUGUGCUACCUCAGGGUGGUGAGCAUGUCGCUGAUCUGGUCACCAUCAGCAUUACCCCGACCAUGUCGACCACCUCAAGCUCCAACACGUCGACCACCUCAUCAAGCACGUCCACGGUAGACACCACAUCCCAGGCCGCCGCCAUUGCCUCUGACAUCGCCGGCAUUCUGGGCAGUCUGACUAUCUCAUCGAGCUCAACUUCGUCCUCUCCCGUCGCGACGGUCACCUACACUCCACCUCGCAGCACAGUCGACAUCACCACGGUCAUCACGCAGGGUGUUUCUGAUGCCAGGACCGAGUCCACUGCUCCACCACCAACAGUCACCAUGACUACACUGGUCCCGCCACCAAGCUCCACGGGUGCUGAAAUCAGCUCACGAGAUGCCAUCGCCGCUAACGAGUCGAAGGUGACACCUGAUCCGAUCACUUCCUCGACGAGUACACCAACGACAUUGGAGACUUCUACCACCACGCCUCCACCCUCUACGACGGAGCAGAGCACUUCGGAGACCUCGACAACUUCUACUCGCACGAACACUAAAUGUGGCUCUUACCCAUGGCUCGUUGGCAAUCUCUGUAUAGACUGA